AGACCUAAUAGCCAUUUGGCCAAGAUAGGAGCAGAGCAAUCAGCCAUCUGCCCCUGCGGGCUGGCAGAAGAAACUGUGGAGCACUUCGUUUUCCGCUGCCCACAAUGGAAACAACACCGUGCGAAGCUGUACCAGCAGACAGAUACUCUAAGAGGAAACCUAUCAUUCUUCCUAGGAGGCAAAAGCAUACGAGACACGCGCCUAUGGACACCCGCCAUGGAAGCAGUUCAUGCCACCAUAGCAUAUGCCAGAGCAACCCAAAGGUUAGACCCAAAAUAA